GUUAAUAUAAUUUAUAAUAUUAUAAACAAUAUACACAAAUAAAUGACAAACAUUGAACUAACGUGCUGAUUUUAAAUGCUAAAUUUAAUAAAAAUAUGUUAAUGCUCUCAAUAACGGCUACUUUUUUUUUACUGUAAGAUAUUUUUUUCAAUUACACUCAUUGCGAACGAGAACCAUUGAAUGUCUAUAAUACUAUAGUCGACAAGUAGCUCAAUCAAAAACAGGUCGUUGAAGUAUAAUAUGACUUUGUUUUAUUCAUCUGUAAAACUGCUUCGCUUUAAUUGACUAUAAAUAACAUCGUCGGGUUGCCAACGUGGUCAUAACACAUUUUACGAUCAGUUUUUUCGUUUUAAGAAUGUAACUCUAAAUAUAAGUAGUUCGUCGAUGUCGUUUAAAGAAAAAACAUCAAAAUGGGACUUCGCACUUUGACGGUUUCUACAUUACUCACGAUAUCAAUCAUACUAAAGAGUUCAGAAGUCCAAUCGAACCGACUUACAUUUAAUAAAUAUCAUGACUAUGUCGAUUUAACGAAGUUCGUAAAAGCAAUAACAGAAGAAUAUGCUAACAUAUCUUCGUUAUAUUCAAUUGGGAAAUCAGUACAAGGUCGUGAGAUCUGGGUCGUCAAGAUAACGGCUGCUGAUAAUUUAAUAACAGUGCCCAAUGUUAAAAUUGUUGGAAAUAUACAUGGAAAUGAACCUGUUGGCAGAGAACUCAUUAUACAUCUUAUAGAGUACUUAUUAAAUGAAAACACAAAAAAUGCUACAAUUAAUAAUAUACUGCAAAACACAGUUAUCCAUUUAUUGCCUAGCAUGAACCCUGAUGGAUUUGAAAUGUCUGAACCUCAACUAUGUACUAAUACCAAAUCACAUCGUACGGGCCAUAGAGGAAAUGCAUAUAUGGUUGAUUUGAAUCGUGAUUUCCCAGAUAUAUUUUAUUUUAAAGAAAAACCAUUACAACCAGAAAGCAGAGCGAUUGUGCAAUGGUUGAAAUAUGUACCAUUUGUUAUGUCUCUUAGUUUACACGGUGGUUCAUUAGUAGCGAACUAUCCUUAUGAUAGUUCUCCCGAUUCACUAUCAUACAAGUUGGAGAAACUAAAUGAAACGUUACAAACCAAUGACAUAAUGCAACUUCAUUCACGACUAUUAGCCAUUGAUCCAACCCUGAAUAGCGAAUUUGCUGAAAGUCUUACGGCCGAUGAUGAUGUGUUCAGAUAUUUAGCCAGUGUAUACGCUAAUAAACAUCCAAAAAUGCACCAGGGUUAUAGUUGUGAUGAAUCCGUUACAUUUAAAGGUGGUAUUACCAAUGGAGCAUCAUGGUACGAAACUUCAGGAAGUAUGCAGGACUACAAUUAUGAAGUAUUUAGCUGCAUGGAAAUUACAUUAGAGUUGUCUUGUUGUAAAUACCCACCACCUUCAGAAUUAAUGUCUUAUUGGCUUGAUAAUUUAGAACCUUUACUAAUUUGGAUUCAACAAGUUCAUAGAGGAGUUAAAGGCAUAGUCAUGGACCGACAAACUGGUGCGCCAAUUGCAAAUGCAAACUUAAUGAUUUUAGGCAGAGAACACACGUUUAAUACUACUGAAAAUGGAGAGUACUGGAAAAUACUACUUCCUGGAGUUUACAAAUUGCAUGUGGACGCUCAAGGUUAUGAAAGUAAAACAAUUCGAUUUGUGGUACCUGGCACGUUAGACCCGAACAAAGUAGGCAAACCAUACUCAUUGAAUAUAGUUAUGGAACCGUUUCGCCCUCAACCGAGCACAGUAAGGAACGUUAACUCCUAUUAUGUGGUGUCCAAAGGUGGUGGUAAACUUAACGAGUCUAUAUCUGCAGUAAUUACUCAGUCGCAAAUAGACCAAUCUACAGCUAACAUUUAUGAAUUUGUUUCGGAAUCGGAUGUGGAUGAUUUUGCAAACGUCGACUACACCGUUGACGUGGAACCGCUACAGGUGUUGUCCAGCUUUAGCAACCGUAACUUAGCUCGAAGCUUUAUGGUGUACGCAACAGUGCUUUUACAAGGGUUCUUAAUGACUGUUAUUAUUUUUGGUGUAUAGUAUUUAAACGACUAACAAUUGUGUAUAAUUAUCAAACGAGUAUUUUCCAAAGCGAACUCCAUCAUACUAAUACGAAAUAUUAAAAUAACUACUAAUAUUUUAGUUGGUUCUAUAAUUAUACAAAUAUUAAACGGCAAUACUUAUUUGAUAAACAAAAUACUUAAGUAAUAUGCUUUUUAUCAAACCUAACACUAAUCAUAAUUUAAACGCUACCAAUUUUAAAAAUUAAAAUCGUAAAACUACUUUUUAAUUUUAAUUGUAAUCCCUCUUUCUUUUUACUUAUAAAUAGACUUUAAAAAUAUUUUUACAACUAAAACAGAUAAUGUAGUAAUUUUGAACAAGUGAAUUAUACGUUAGUAACAAUUAAAGGUCUAACCAUAAAGAUUAGUGCGCCAAAGUAAAAAAUAUUUAACGACUCUAAAUCGCGCUGUUGCCAAAAAAAAAUUAGUUUAACUCUUAAAAUGCUAUUAAAUAUUAGACAACUACCAGUGGGUAAUAUCAUUGAGUAUAUAUUGUAUAUAUACUAUAUAUAAUAUAUACUCAAUGGUAAUAUCUAUUAAACAUGAAACAAUGAAUACAAAUUUAGCUAAAGGAAAAUAGCAUUACGCUAGUACAAUUAAUACGCGUCACUGGUCACAUAUGUUACUCAUUAAAUCGACGACAUUGAGACACCAUUUUAUUUGUAUACAAUAAUAAUAAACAAUUUUUAAUAAUACCUAUAUAACAUGCGUUUUAACCUAUACUACCUAGUACCUAGGUAUACCAAAUAGUAAUUACUAUCGUAGUUUAUUCUUAUAUAAUAUAAUUAUGAUAAUGUAUGCUUGACACUUGUAAUGUAGUAGUAUGUAAUUUAACAAUCGUUAACAAUUAACAUACAGAUACAGCCAUACAGGCAUUUAACAACUCAUACAUCGUAAACAAUGAUUAAAAAUUAUUUUUCAAUGUAUUAUUACUAUAAUAAACUGCAAUGUAUAAAUAAGUAAGUCUUAUUUCAUAUGACGUACAUUA